CUCUUUUCGAUGUCAACUCUACCAAGUAACAAAUGAUCGAAAAACCCCUUUCAAAAUUCAAUUAAACAAAACUACGGAACACAGCUACAAAAUUAUCUCUAAAACACAUACAAGUCUCAUAUAAACACAGCAAUCCAAUCACCCCUCAAAUUAAGCAACAGAAAAUAAUUUUCCAUUCAACAUUAUCAAUAAAAAUUCACCUUGAUCAGACAACAAGAUCAUUAGUCAAAGAACACAACCCAGACGUGUCACACCUGCACUACUCCAACCACUUAUCGAACCAACGGUUAUUACCUAUUAAAAACCGACGUCCCAUUCACCGUUCCCAAGAAAAACAUUUCGUAUCAAACAAUGACCAAGAACCGCCUAAAAAUUGAUUCCAUGUCGCAAUGGUGGCGCCUCGGGGAGGGUGGUCGAAAGCUGGAAAGAGAGAGCGUCAGGUGGUGGGAGACAAAAGAGGACGUCGAGGAGGGAGUACCUGAGGGUUGCAUAGAGGGAGCGAGUUCAGUUCAGGCGCACGGGUCCUCGGUUAAGGACGCGACGGUCCUGCUAAUCGGGACACCAUGCCAGGCGGCGCGGGGUCCCCGAUCAAUCUCCUCGGCCAUCGUGCAUCGACCACUUCCAGCGAGUGCGCGAACAGUGACGAGGAUGAGAGGACGACGGGCACCUUACCAAGCAUGAUGACGACCGUCCUCGCGGGCGACGGACUCAGACGGAGAAAGGUCAUCCACGCGGCCAAAGAAACCCUCGACAAGGCAUCCCGCCUCCUCAGACGGAAGAUACCAUGUACCGGCCACUUGAUGACCCCCCGCCGCCUAUGGAUACAAAAGGUUCCAACUCAGGAAUGCGAUGUCGUCGUGAUGUUCCCGAGUGGAGCGAGCGACGAGACUUUGAUGUGGCUUCUAGGUCGUCUCCGGGCUGGAACCCCGGGCCUAGUUGUACACGUGCGACACCAUGCCUCGUCAGAUAGUUACGGAUUUUACUUAACAGCCCCGUUUAGCGUAUUGUUAAAAGCCGCCGAGGAGGUGCAUUUGCCAAAGACAUUGCGCCAGGAGUUCGGCGGGGGUCUGAAAGAGUUCGUAGGCUCGGAGGCGAACUGCUUCGAAGGCAGCGACGAUGAAGCUCAAUUCUUCACUACUCAGGAAAGGCAGUCCCUGGUCCUGCACUUAUUGCACACGCUGAGAGCAGGUCCGGAAGACCUUCACAGACGACCGGGUCUUAAAAUGGUAGAAGAACAAGCAAUUAUUCCAAAGUGCAUUUCUUCUGGGAUCAUUUCCCAGGUCUUCCCUCUUCACGAAUUGCCUGCGUUGGAGAAUCUGCAGCGAACAUGGGUCCGCGCGUUUCUCAGUCCCCAACCCUUGGACGAUAUUUGUAAAUACUUCGGAGUAAAGAUUACUAUGUAUUUCGCGUGGCUCGGACAUUACACCACCGCUUUGAUCGUUCCAGCUGCAGUGGGUGCCAUAUAUUGGGUCGGCAUCAUCGGUAGGAAUCAAGCGGUGGAGGAUGUAGCAUACGUCCUGUUCUCCGUUUUCAACGUGAUCUGGGCCACCGUCUAUCUGGAAACCUGGAAAAGAAGAGGCGCCGAAUUGGCCUACAGGUGGGGCACCUUGGAUCAAAGGGACGACCUACUUGUCGAGCCUAGGCCUUUAUUCACGGGCACCUUGGAAAUCUCACCCGUCACGGGUAGACUGGAGCCAACCUAUCCUAGAUGGAAGAGAAACAUGUUCCGGUACUUCGUAAGCGUGCCCAUCAUCGCGGCGUGUUUGUUCUUCGUUUUCAUCGUGAUGAUCCUGAGCUUCCAGAUACAGGAUUGGUGGGACGCUCGCCUGGAAGCCGGGGGAUACGGGUUCUGGUUGAGCUACGUGCCAAAAGUUUUGCUCGCCGUGGUGAUCGCGUUAAUGGAUGUGGCUUACUUUAAGGUCGCCGUUUGGUUGAACGACAUGGAAAACUAUCGGCUAGACACCGAGUACGAGAAUCAUCUGAUCUACAAAGUGGCACUGUUUCAGUUUGUAAACUCCUUCCUAUCGCUAUUUUACAUCGCCUUCUACCUACAAGAUCAAGAGAGACUAAAAGAGCAACUGGCCGCUCUGUUGAUAGCCCGUCAAAUGAUCGGGAACCUGAAGGAGUCAGCGGUCCCGUAUCUGAUCGAGCAACUGCGACUCGCUCGUCUAAGCUUCGAGCUGUUCGGCGCGCUAAGCCCGAGCGAGGCGAGGCCGCCGCCCGGUGAGGAAACCGAUGAAAAUGGGAAAGACAAUGAUGAAAAGAGCGAACGGUCCGACAGCGGGAAGAGCAAACAACCGAGAAACGUCAGCCAGGCUGAGCUGGAAAGUUCCCUCUACAGAGUAGGGCAUCCCAAUAAUUCUCUACUUAGUGACAUUACGUUCAAGUUAUCCACCAAAAAGUACGAUGGAGCAUUCUCGGAGCAUUUGGAAAUGCUGUCGCAACUCGGUUACGUCUGCUUAUUCUCUUCUGCGUUCCCAUUGGCCGCCAUGGCGGCGUUACUUGGAAACCUCCUCCAGCUUCGGGGGGACGCUUUCAAGCUUUGUUUCGUUCUCCAGCGGCCUUUUGGACGAAGGGUCUCUAACAUUGGUACUUGGCAAAAUGCAAUGGAAGCUAUGGGACUGGUCGCCAUAUUGGUGAACUGCGCGUUGAUCGGAUUGAGCGGUCAGGUGCAACGAAUGUUCCCAGAGAUGUCUGCCACGCAGACGAUACUGUUGAUCGUCGCUCUGGAACAUAUCAUGCUGGCGAUACGAUUCAUCAUAAUCUGCGCGAUACCCGACAUACCACACUGGGUGGCCACUGAAAUGGCCAAGGUGGAAUUUCUGAGAAGGGAAGCCGUUAGACGAUUGUCUUCAACUCCGUCACCAGAACAGCAACCCGCAACAGUAAUAGGGAGAUUCGUGGUGAGUCCAGCAGACGGAGAGAGCGAAGAACAACUGCUUUCCGAUCGCACCGGAGAUGCGACCUCGCCCAGUCUCCCAGACACGCCGACCCUGGCAUCGACCACUCAGACGCCGAGCAGCCCGCCGACACCCAGCGCCGCAUCCGUGCCAAGAAUCUCGGAAACACCGUCCGCUGCCCAGACACCAGGCAGCGCAACCGGCAGCGAUAUAGGUACACCUUUCCUGACUGAAAUUAACAUGGGCAGCAUUCGCGACCUUCACAAUUCACCUAGGUGCUCCAUUCCUGGCGGAGAACGAGGAAGGCGUUCAAGAGAGUGGCUACCUAACGAACAAGAAGCGUCAGGUGGUGAAAACUAUAGCCACCAUUUGACUAUCGGACCUCACGGUGGCGUGGACUGGGUCAGAAGAUUAGGUCUCGAACCCGGAGGCAGAAAGUCCAGUGAUUCUGAAAUCAGUGGAGCUGGUAGCGUCAACGGAAGGACAGACAAGCUACAGCAUCUUCAUCGGUCCACCGACUGCAUAGUCUCCAAAGAACUUGCUUCAUCAUCAGACAGCGACCUCCUCAGGUCUGCCCCACCGUGGACAAUGACUCACAGGAACCAGAAGUUCCGUUUCUCCCCGGACAGAGAAAGGGAACGAGAGAAGGUUGAAAAGCAACAGCACCAUCAACAUCAUCAACGCGAGAGCCACGAACACAAACAGCAAACGUCCCACUAUUCAGAGAGGGAUAAAGACUCGAGUGGUCGGUCAGACUCGAGCAAAACCAGCCAAGAGGACGAGAAGCCGAACAAGGAGGAUCGCGAAGCGAAGAAGACCAGGGUGAAACAGAGCCUGAUGAAGAGGGCCAGAUCUGUCGCGAUAUUUUCGUUGAAACUGAAGGAACGCAGAGCGAGGGAAGCGGAGUUGAAGGCGAAGGAGGCCGAGAAGGAGGCCAGAUGGCAACAGCCGCAGUCCUGCGUCGGUGGCGAACUUUCCUGCAUUCCCAUAGAAAAGCUUAUAUCCGUGGAUGACAUCGCAGCCAUGGAACUACGCAGACUUAACCAUUAGCCGCUUGACCUUUCAGUUUCGUUUCACACGCUACGUAGAAACAUUCGUCUGCGCAAGUGAUACUCGCUACAGAACGAAUGUUGCUCUAUCGCGAUAUCGAAUCUUGAAUUUUUGCCGAACGAUUGAAAAAACUCGCGACAUUAUCUGGAAGACGAAGGAAGUCGUACGAAUUAAUUAUCUUCUGCCUGUCACAGGAGGUAGAAUGCGAAAUGUUACAAGCAAUUCUUUGAUUUGUCUCUGUAAUUAGUCCUUGAAUUCUACCGGACUCCAUGAAACUUGGUUAACUUUAACAAUUCAUAAAUGACACAAUUUUAAAUUAGAAAUUGUGUCAUCCGCAUUGUUGAUCGUACGACUGUUAACGUGUUGAUGCUGUUCUUUAUUUUCGAACUGUCUACAUCUACCUCUAAAACUGAAAAUUUUAAUUAUUCGAAAUUUCUAAUAUAUCAGAGAUUGAUAAAAACGUUGUAAUUAUGGAUAACUUACCGACAGGGUUAAAAGGCUAUUCAAUCGAUAAGGUGGCGCCACAAUUCGAUCCUAGAUCGUUUCUACACGAAAUUUCACUUGCUAGGAGUUCAUAGAUUCUCUUUGGGAUUCUAAUCCACUUAAAACAGCGAAAAACAUAAAAAAAAGGAUAAUGGAAUCUCUGACACUCGAUGUUUCAAGAAACAUUUUUUCUAUAAAUUUGUAUGGACAUUUGGAGUGAGUAUCAUUCGCGUAAGCGAAUCACGCGCACCGAAACGCUCACGGAUAUACCAUGAGGAUGUUAAAAACUAAAAAGGCAGAAAUCGAAGGAUUUCUUAAGGCGAUACGGCGAAAAAGAGAACAUCGACGAGAAAGAACAAAGAAACGGCGCACAAACGUAAAUUGAGACGUUACAAAAUUUUAGACGACGUUCUAUAGAAACCAGUUUAGCGUAUCAUCUUUAAAGGUCACAAUUUUGGUAGAUUAGUUGAUACUUCGGCAUCGUAGUCUGUAAACUGCGAGAAGAUUCGUGCCAUCGGUGCUAUGCGAUCGAUUGUUUCCGACUUCCUUGGAACUUAUGGAACAGAAUACGAAAAAAGAAUAUCGACCGCUUUAUACAAUCCAUUGAAUUGACCGUUUAGGACACUAUCAGUUAUGCCUAAUAACCCGCAUGUUUUUAUUUCACUUCCACUAAACUGCUAAUUUACUAUGUUAAUAAUAUUUUCUAUGUCUCACAUUCAUUGUUAUUCUUUAUCUGCACAUUUCUUUUAGGUAUUUAUUUUUAAAAGGGUAAAUUGAACAACUAACUGCUAUAGGGUUAACCGGUGUACUACCACAGGAGUAGCGAUCGCUAAAAAUGACCUACAAAAAGCACAAUGAAAUCAACCAAGGAACGUUCUAGUUGGAUUAAUUGUGACUCAUAGUUAUGUUAAAUGCCCUAUUGGUAGUACAAGGGUUAAAAAAGACAAAAUAAAUGAAUCGAAAAAUAGAGUAGGUUAGACAGAAAAGACACAUUAACAUAACAAGGAAGUCGCGCAUGCGCGUCAAAUUGAAGACCGUUGAAGAACGCAACUGUUACGACGUUUGUAAAGUACAUGAACAGCUGGUGCUCGUAAUGAGGAGUAGCUCAGAAGACCGACCUGAUACGAGACAGGGACGAUAACAGAGAUCCCGUUAUUGUUGCUGAAGUAUAAGUUGUUACUUAAUGUUAACUAGAUGUUUAUCGGUUAACGAACUUUUGCUAAAUAGAUCUCUUUGGAAGUCUCUACAAAUAUAUAACAUACAGAUGCACGCAGUUUACACGGACGUGUACAAUUUUGAUCUGAAUGCUGCACACUGAUAAAACUACAGUUACUUCGUUUUUAUUAAUUUUUCAUUUCUUUCAUUGUGUAAUCAAGGAAGAAGAAAGGAGGCAGGUAAAAAUUAUCAAGAAGAAAGAGAAGAACACGGUUCUGUUAACAAGUGACACGUUUUAGGGACCGUUUUUGUAUAUAGCGAAUUGUUUAACGAGCCACGCGUAUAUAGAUUUGGUUUCAUGGCCUAGUUGACGUCCCCGUCCGCAGCUGAAGUAGCGUUAGUCGUUUACUGAGGCACUUUCUUACGUUCUACUUUUUAACGACCACCACCAUGACUAGCUAGGGAUUUAGACGCCGCGAUGACGUUCGAGCACUGUUCAAGCAAAACCAGUAUUUCGCAUCAUACUGUAGCGUGCCCUUUGGGAACCGCGAGACUAGAAUCCGCGAAGUCGAUAGUUUAGUCGCUUUUCGUAAGGCGAGGUUUUAAAAAUGUCAGCGGAAUGCAUCUAUGUUUGUUAGAUGUUUUGUAUAAAACAGGAACUGAGCCAAUAAAAACAUUCUACGAAUAAAAAACAUGUUUUCUGUUUUCCAUUUCCUCAAUAAAUUUCGUUCCUCUAAAAUUAUUUUAAAGAACAAA